AUGGUCCUGAGCUUUUUAAAGGUGGUAUAUGACGAUUCAAUUAUAACAACUCGGGGUGGAUUAACAACCACAGACCAAUACUUUGAAGGGAGACCUGGAUAUCAAAUUCUGGCGAUUAAAUCGAACAAUGGCGCUAUCUUAAUAUCUAAGGAUCCCGUCCAGAAGCAGAACCUGUCUAUGGCAUUCGUUUGCGGCAAACGACUCGAACAAUCUGACUUGUCCGUCGUCACAGCCCUACUCUACGACUAUAACGGACAACAACAAAUUGGUUGCAAUAUAGACAUUCAGACCACUAAAGAAGCGGCGUUCUAUUGCCCAGCUCCUUACGUCCGGGACCCACCCAACUGCUUCGACCAGGUCUCCGUGAACGGUGAAUUGAAGGACUUGAGUGGCAUCAGUCAGUCCUUGGUAGCAUCGCACAGUAAUCACUUUGUCACACUGAAGUUCGAGAGCAAACGCGUAGGGUUGGGAGAAAAACGGCGUCAAACCCCGCCACUUGAAUGUCGCUGCGUAACUAUCAAGGGUGUAGUCCUGUCUACCAUACAGAUCGAGAACUACUACGCCAAGUAA